CCAACUGGAAUGAAAUGUCUAACGCAGGUGAGACAGGUGUUGAUGUCACAGUUUUUUUGGAGGCGGCAUAUAAAUGUCGGUUAGGGUUAGAGAGACCAGAACAUUCAGAGUCAAGUCUACCUCCAGUUCGGAAUUCAGCACGGAACUUUAUCAGAGUGGAGACAAUCGCAUCUCAUUUGGGACAUUAAAGGACGGAAAACUUCAAGAUGAUAGUAAACACUUUGGCGCUUGUAUUCCUAUUUAUUGGAAUUUCCAGUCAGUCUGCUGAAGGAGGACUUCAGCACACCAGGAUUAGUAGACGUCUCCUUCAAACAACGUCAGAUGAAGGAUCCGGAACGACCACAGACGACAUGUUGGGGUCCGGAUCCGGUAUGGACCUAGACACUACAGUCAUCCCUGGUACCACUGUUGCUCCAACAGUUAUACCGGCUACUGUAGAAGGAAGCGCAACAAACACAGCAGUUGCAGCAGCCACAUUAGCUGCGGCAUCAGCAACAUCAGUGACGGCAGCAUCCGUGGCAUUGGCUGCAGCCGCUUCAGGUGGAUUCACAGCAACAGAUGUUGCAGCAAAUGCUUCAGCGGCUGCAGAGAGAGCCGCUGCUGCUUCAUCUUCUCUUUUAGCUGGAACAAUAACUGCAACCGAGGCAGCAGAAGCCGCAGCAGAAGCAGCAGAAGCGGCUGAAUUAGCUGCAGAAGCCGCAGCGGCAGUGGCAGCCGAUGCAAUGGGGGAAUUGCAACCUUUGGCACUAAAUUUGUCAAUGGAAGCAGCAACUUCAGCAGCUGCAGCGAGAGAAGCUGCAGAUUUAGCAGCUUCAAUAGCGAACAUGGUAGGGUCUGGAAAUGCAACAGCUGAUGCACAAUCUGCCAUAAACGCCGCAAGAAAUGCCAGCCAACAGGCUAUGACUGCUGCACAAAGUCUCAGUGCAUUACUUAAUUCAACAGACCUGCCUGCAGAUACUGAUGCAACUGUAAUACAAACUCUGAUGGCAGCACAAACUGCAGCUGAAAUGUCAGAUGAGGCGGCAACUGCGUCCUUAGAGGCACUGAACACAGCAGAAGAAGCAGUGGUUGCAGAGGCAGCAGAGCCGGGAAGUCAAUUAGCUCUUGUAUCUGCAGCAUUAGCUGAAGAACAAGCAAAUAACGCAGCGGAUUUGGCAAGAGAAUCCGCAGAGGAGGUAUCAGAAGCGGCGGAUGCAUUGCCUUCAAGCGAUGACGAACUUGUCGAAGCAUCAGCAGCAGCGUCCUUAGCAGCUGCGGCAGCAACCCUGGCUGCCUCAGCGGCAGCAGCAACUGGGGAAGAUGUAAGCAGUGAGGUCGAUGCAGCCCUUCAGAGUGCAGAGCAAGCAACUGAGGCAGCAACUUUGGCAGCUAACUUUGACGGAGAACCAGAUUCAGCAGAAGCUGCAGCGCUAGCUAGUAGCGCCAGACAAGCUGCAGAAAACGCAGCAGAGGCAGCAGAUAUAGUGGCUGCUGCUGCAAUAAACGCAGCUGAAGAGGGAAGUGUUCAGGAAGAGCUUGCACAGGUAUCAUUAGAUGCGGCAAUGGCAGCCAGACAAGCAGCGAUGGCGGGCCCAGGUGAAGUUGACGAAGCUGCAGAAGAAUUGGUGAACGUAUCGAGGGAAGCUUCAGCACUAUUUUCAUUACUCUCCGAAGAGGAACCAACCAGACUGACGGAAGUAAUGCAAUCAGCAGUUCAGAGCGCAGGGCAGGUCGCUUUGUUGACAGAAGCUACAGGAGUACUAGUAGGAACCGUCGACGAUGGCGGAGACGCACAAUCCGCUGCACAAACCGCUGCACAAUCCGCUGCAAGCGCUACCUCAGUAGCAACAGCAGCCGCAAGCGAAAGUCUUCCUGAUGCAGAAACUGUUGCUGCUGCACAGCGAGCAGCGGUGGCCGGCCUGACAGCCUCUGCGGCAGCAGCUGCAGGAGUCGGUGCCGCUGUCGCCGCAACAGCCGGCUCAUCGGCUAUUCCUGAAGCCAACGCCGCAUUGACGGCCGCAAGCGAUGCGCAGAUGGCCGCCGCAUCACUGGGCUCUGGUGAAGAAUUGUCUUUAGCCCUUGCUGUCGCUGAAGCACUUGAAGCAUCUGCAGCAGUCCAAAGUGCAUCUGAUGCUGCCAUGACAGCUGCAGACGCAUCCGGAUCAACUUUGGACCAGACGCUGGCAGAAAUAGCUCAGGAUUCAGCGGACAUAGCGGCGAGGGCAGCAAGCGCCGCAGAGGCGGCGUCUUCCGAGCCAGCGACGGCGCAAAUGGUAGAGGAUGCCCUGGUAGCCGCCAGAGAAAUUGAAAUAGAAUCCGAAGCGCUGAGACAGCGGUUGGAGGAGUUAGUGCAGAGUUCAUCACCAGAAGCCCUCUCAGAGCGGGUUUCACUAGCAAGCUUGCUGGCUGCGGCGGAGUUAGCGAAUGCUACCGCCGGCUUCUCCAGAAUGUCAGCAGAGUUGGGUGUGAGCGCCAUCACGACACGGAGCGCCGCAGACAUCGCAGCGGCGGAGGCUUUCGCCUCCGCGGCUACACGAUCGGCACAGAUCACGGUGAACAGCGCCAGGGAGGCAAUCAACAUCAGGUUCGAUUCAAGCGCCGCGGACUUCAAGAAGCUCUCGCUCACGGCAGCACUUGUCGCGGUGGUCGCGGUCUUCCUAUGAGGCGUGUCAUCAACGAAGGACUUUCGAAUUCAGAGAAAAACGCAGUUCUAUUUAUGAUUGUAUUAUAUUAUUAUAUACCAUUUCACAAAUAUGCACCUAAUCAUUUGGAGGCUACUGUACAAAUCCAAAAUUGGCUAUGAUUACAUUUCUUUGGAAGGACGAUGACAGUGGCCAGCAUUUGUUAUUCACUUUGCUAUCGCAGUGUUGGAAUGCUAAUUAGCAUUUGGAAUGUGUGAAAGAUGGCAAUCUCAGAAUUAAAGUUUGACAAGUACAGUGGAACCCGCUUAUAUCGACGACCCGCCUGUGUACACGGGCACCAACCCCGCAGUUGACUUCUUGUUGUACUUUUGGUAGCUUAUGGGCAACAAUAACCUCAGUUCUGGUUGGUAAAUAGUAGUAAAAUGCGAACAUAGAAUCUCCUGUUCAGUGCAAAGUAAGCUUUAAGGUUGAUUUCACUCGAACUUAGGGCUCCAUAUGUCGGGUAGAUUUGGUGACGAACCCCAAAAUGCAGAGAAGGCGGUAGGCAUAGUGCGGGUAAACGUGAUUCAAUUCAACACUAGAACAAGAACAAACAAAAGGGUAGAAAUAAAGGCGCACACAAGACGGAGAACUAGCACAAAGGCUAACCAUGGACUAGAAAGAAAAACACUUACUGUGACACGAAAGAACUAUGAGUACUAAUGACAUUGACAGGUAGUGGUGACAAAUAAUCCAGCCCUGACUGGAGGGGAAGGCAGCUUUAAAUAGUAACUGGCUGAUUGACACCAGGUGUGGCCAGGUGCCAAUCAGCCGCAUUUGGGAGACACAGCACUCAGGGAGACAAACAGGAAACGGAACUAAAGACCAGAAACAAAGACAAAUGCAGGGGGGGAACUAAAACAGGGACAAGCCUGACACCAUAACCACCACCGACAAAAAAAGAAUUUGACUGAGAUCUUUGAAGAAAAACAUACAAGAAUGUAAAUAUCAUUAAUCCGAUUAAAAAUGUAAACAAUGGAAGGCAAACCAACCAAAAAAAUCAGCCCCCGUUUUUUGUAAACGAUUACUUCCGGUGGGGGUUACGUCGGCGCAAGCGGGUUCCACUGCACAUGUCGACCCUGCCCACGCAUGAUUAACAACGAGAUGACUGUGUGGGUUUCUCGGAGAGAUUGGUAAUUUAUUGGAGAAUGUGAUCGACAGCUGCCAGGGGCGGGCGCGCCACACCCCUACGUUUCAUGUUGUAUGUUCAUGCUCGGAAUGAAGAGGUUUUUGUCACACUGUUGUAAUAAAAAAAUCGCUGGACUGAU